UGGCAAAUCCAUCUUCAACAACACGCUGAAAGUUCGCAAACAUCACUCUAUAGCAAUGGAUUUAGAACAUCAGCGAUGCUACAUAUAUCAACCUCCUGAGGAUGAAGAGCGGGCUCCCAAACGUCAGCGCAUUGAGCAAUCCCGAUCUCAACCACAGCUUGCAGAACGACUCCAGAUCUAUCGCGACCUGUGGGCAGCGCAAGAUCAACGCAUACAAGCUACUCUCGAAGAAGCAGACAGCGCGACACAAGGGAGCAUUGUUGAUUUUGUCUCGGCAUCAGGAUCAUCACCAGAUGAACCAAAGUUUGCCAUACCUACAGGUCUUGUAGUCGCUGGGCCAAGCAUUGCAUCCCAUGGACCCUACUUUGAGCGACUAGGGCACAAUAUCAGAUCUGAUACGGAUAGCGCCUACGUUCUCCUCAAUUCUGGCGAGUGUCCUAAUUUAAAGACUCUACUCAAGGUGCUCAUCAAAAAGGCGACAUCACGGCUUGAGGACGAGGACGAAGAUGACUUGGAUCAACCGAAGCCGUCAAGGCGCGGGCCGAAACUGCUGAACUAUGACCUGGGACAUAUCCAGGAAUGGCGGAAGAAGAACCGAGUGUCGAGCGUUGUUGUUACGAUCCAAGACAGCGAAGCAUUUGAUGCUGGGCUGCUGAUCGAUCUGAUUGAUCUUCUUCACUCGUGGCUCGAUCGCAUUCCAUUUGUGCUCCUGUUUGGUAUCGCUACAUCGGCAGACAGCUUCGAAGACCGUAUAUCUGGGAAAUCUCUGCGAUAUCUGGAAGGUGAGAGAUUUGACGUCACGCAGUCCGACGAUAUCAUCGAGAAGCUGUUCAGCGCAACCGUUGCCAGCCUUGACAAUCGCCUUUUCAUCGGUCCACAGAUAUGCCGGCGUAUGCUCGACCGACAGAAAGACUACGUGCAGAACGUGCAAGACUUCUGUGAUGGUCUCAAGUACGCGUACAUGUCACACUUCUAUCCGAGCGUUCCGACUAUAUUCCUGGACUCUACUCUAGAAUUACAGGAUAUAGACGCAGGUGCCUUUGCAGCAAUACGCAAUUUGCCGUCAUUUCGACGGCACAUCGAAAAGAGGAUUGAGCAAGGCCCUUUGGCUCGCCAGAUUGCCGGCAGCCUGCUCAGGUCGGACCGAGAAUUAUUCGAGGCCGUCAAAUACGGCAUCAACUUGGCUCAGGACGAAUUGACCGGUCUGAACCACGCAGUACAGGUCCUCUUCAGUAUCCGGGAAGCUCUGCAAAUGACACCGAGAGUUAAAGCGUCUACCAUUUGGCUGCGAGCAUUAUCUGCAGAGUUGCUUGAUUCCCCAAUCCUCCGUGAAACAAUGCUCAGUCUCAAAAAGACGCCUUCGGACAAAUUCGCCAGCUUCCUGUCGGCGUUGAGCGAGUUGUCGAAGCAAAGAGAGAUGCCAUAUGAAGGAGAAACCGAGCAAGCUAUAGAGACAUUAGACGUGAGCAGCAUACAGGCAGAGUUCAACACCAUCGUCCAACAGCAAACCACAUCCGCCCCGCUCCGCACAGAGCACGACGUCCAAAACGCCAGUGUCCGCGCUACAGUCGUGGCGCAGAAAGUCCUGCUCUCCAAGCACAAAGCAGCCCUCUCCAAGCAAGACCAAGCGUACUCGGACCUGGUCACUCGCGUCCACCGCCAGCUGGCGUCGUUCUUCGAGCUGACCCUCGUCGAGCCGCAAGCCCUGCUCUUCUCCGAGGUCUUCAUGUACGACCUCAAAUCACCCCAUCUCGAAGUCUUCCAGCCGAAGCCGCGGUUCGCCAUCGAGCGGGCUUUGGCGUCGCCUCAUGACUACCUGGGAUGUGAUUGCUGUGGCACUGUCGAUGGCAAGGAGUCGGUUCUUGGUGCGACACAGCCGGCGACUGCGAUCGUGUACCAGAUGUACCUCGAGUCGGGAGCGCUGAUCAACGUGACUGAUUUGUGGUCGGCGUUCAAAGCAAUUGCUGGGAACGACGAUGGUGAGGACGAGUCCAUUACGAUGUAAGUUUUAUCUGUGAUAGCUACGAAGAUAGACUGACGUCCUCAGGGCACUGUUCCAGCGAGCGCUUGCCGAGCUCAAGUAUCUGGGCCUGCUCAGACCGACUAAGAAG